GCCUUGCAGGGUUGUACUAUUACAGAAAGAUCGCCUCAGUUUCCAUUGCAUCCUCCUUGACAACAGAGGCCACUAACAAACAAAUUAGCUUGAAGCUUCUGGCCAUGCGAAUUGCCUCACCCCCUAUAUUAGUUGAGCCAUCCAAGAAAUCUCUCUCGAAUGAUGGUGGUUAUGUGAGAGGCGAGCUGAUAUACAUGGUCAUGGAUGACCUGUCUGUGAGGCCUAAUUCAGCUGUUUUUGGUAUUACCAUGCUUAACCGAUUUGAAAUAAAGAAUAUCGUUACUGUUAAAACUAGGGGGGUUUGUUUAGGCACAAACGAGGCUUUCAAAUUGCUCAAGGCAUCGUUGUAGUCCAAGACUGCUUAUUGAUGUGGUCCUUGGAAACCAGGAUGAAAGAAUAAAUUACUGAGGUGUCGGUGAUGCCUGUGUCAUCUGUCUAUGUUAUUGCUUGGUUUUGCUCAUUUUAUGUCC